AUGUCUCAAACAUGGCAAGAGAUCGCUUCGUCGAAGAGAGAGGCUCUGAGAAGUUCCAUUCCUCCAGAAUGGGUUAUCCCCUCAGCAUUUCGCCCGCCCGCCGAACAAACAGAUAUGUCGAAAUUCAUCGCUCAGUCGGGAUGGUUCACUGAGCCCGAGGUUGACAUUCUCUCAACUCCCGCUUCCACACUUCAACUACGCUUAGCCCAGGGCCUCAUUACCUCAGAGGAAGUCACUUUGGCUUUCUGCAAAAGCGCAUCUGCAGCUCAGCAGCUGAUCAACCCAGUGACAGAGAUUCUCUUUGAUGAGGCUCUAGCUACGGCCAAAGUCUUGGAUGAGUACUUGAAGGUCAACGGGAAGCCCAAGGGACCCCUUCAUGGAAUUCCUAUUUCCCUCAAAGAUAACUUCAAUAUUAAAGGGAAAGAUUCAUGCCUGGGAUUUACAUCCAUGGUUGGUAAGCCUGCCGAGUCCAAUGGACCGAUCGCUCAGCUUUUACUCGAUGCUGGUGCCGUCUUGUACGUGAAGACCAAUGUGCCACCCGGAAUGAAACGAGCAGAGACAUACAACGAGGUGUUUGGUAAAACCGUCAACCCAAUGAAUAGCCUUUGGGCAGUUGGUGGGUCUUCAGGAGGUGAAGGCGCUCUUAUCUCCUUUGGUGGUAGUUGCCUGGGAGUGGGCAGUGAUCUAGGUGGUUCUUGUCGAAUUCCCGCUGCAUGUGGAGGUUUAUUCACUCUCCGACCUUCAGUUGGACGGUGGUCUAUCUCUAAGAAUACUGUUUGCACUCCCGGACAAGAUUCUAUCCCUGCAGUGCCCGGACCGAUGGCCAGGACCUUGGAUGAUGUGAUCAUGUUCAGCAAGGCAUUUGCCGACCAGGCUCCAUGGACCUACGACCCGCAGUGUGUUCCCCUCAAGUGGCAGGAAGUCGAGCCCAAAUCUCGUCUCAAGCUGGCGGUGAUGUGGAAUGAUGGACUUGUAGCCCCCACACCUCCCGUGCAAAGGGCCUUGGAGGGUACCGUGAAGACACUCAAAGAGGCUGGACAUGAAAUAAUCGACUGGAAGGUCUCUGCUGAGGAUAUGCAAGAUAUGGCAGAUAUGUCUUUUAGCAUAUUCCUUGCUGAUUCUGGCAACUGGCUUAAGAAGGUCUUGGAGCCUACUGGUGAGCCUGUGCCACCUGGCAUGUUAUGGCCCAUGACAGGUAACCCAAAGACAUUGAUUGAGCUCCAGGAGCUUCAUGUCUGGCGGGAUAAUGUUCGGAUGAAAUGGCUUCAGAAGUGGAAUUCAUUUGAAGGACUGGAUGGUGUUUUAAUACCUACUUCUCCAUAUGGCAUUCCUGAGCAUGGAAAGUUCAAAUAUGCUAACUAUACCAUGCUCUGGAAUUCUAUUGACUACCCUGCCAGCUCGUUUCCUUCGGGCUACUAUGUUGACAAGGAUUUGGACAAGCCAUACACUAAUUAUACGCCCCUUGGAAGCUUUGAUAAGACGGUUCACGAAGAAUAUAACCCUGCUGUGUGCCACGGAGCGCCAGUGAGCUUGCAGAUAGUUGGCCGUCGUCUCGAGGAGGAGAAGGUAUUGAUGAUGAUGAAGAUCGUGCAUGAGGCUCUUUCUAAGGCUUAA